UUAUCAAAAAGAAAACGUAAAUGCCCUAAUUGAAAACUAAAGAUUUGGCCACACUUUAGAAAAAAUAUGUAUACAAUUAAAUGAAAAUAAAUAUGAGUUUUGAAUUUUAAGGCAUCACUAUGAGUAUUGCCGACGUGGAGUAUGAAUAUGUUGUGUUAAAAAUAAACGGUUACGAUAUUAGUCAUUUGUCGAGGUAUGAAGCGGUUCAAAAGUUCCUUCAAGCUAAAGAAACCCUUGUUGUAGAAAUACGAAGACAGAAACACAAUGCAUUAGAUUUAGAAUUAAAACAAGGCUCCAAUGCCAAAAUAUCAAAAGUGGACAAACCCGAAGAACUUUCUGUCCUAACUGACAAGUCAGCAGAAGCGACGAUCACAGCUGCCAGUGCCUCUCAAGAAAUAAGUUGCCCUUCUUUAACAUCGUUGAAAGAAAUCGAUACGAAAACUCCUGUGGUUUUAACUCUGCGGGCUAGAAGUCAUGAGGAUCGUUUGGGCAGUCUACAAGCCGCAUCGAAGGAAACUCAAACCCAAUCUGUCGUUCGCAUGGACGUUCUAAAGGAUAACGAUUUGGUUAAAACAAUUACCGACAACUUCAUAGAGCAUGAACACCACUUGUUCGAACAAUGCCUGGAACCGGAAAUCGACAUUGAGGAAGUAACGCUUGUUAAAGGUGUUGAACAUUCAAGCAGCAAUCAAAUCGGGCUCAUUGUUACCUCCUCUGGACUUCAGCAAUCAAGUACCGACACCGAUAAACUACGUAACGUCUUAGAACAAAGUGAGGAUGUGUUCAUCAGUGGUGUACAACCGGAAAGUAUAGCCUAUCGUGAUGGGCGCCUUCGACAGGGGGAUCAGAUUCUUCGUAUUAACGGCUUGGAUGUUAAAAACCAGGAGGAGUUAGAAACUCAAAUAGCAGGGAGUAGUACAUCAGUAACGCUACUAGUUAGUCGAAUUAUAUACCCUGAAGACGAUGAUGACGAAGAUAUACAUUUUGAGUAUGCUAAUACAUUUCUGCCAGAUGACUAUACAAAUGUAGUGGAUAAACUGGACAAGGUUUUGUUAACUCACGUCCAGUCUUUGGAAGAACUAUCCCAUGAAUCCGCUAUGCAAUCUGACAAAUGCUAUCAUAUACCAGAAAAGAACUCAUCUGAUUCAAAUGUUAAAAUAUCAUCAUUGGCGAAAAAUAUCAUUGAGCAAUCUACCAAGUCGUGUAGUAAAAUAAAGCUUCGACCGAAUGCAAGCUUGAACUAUAGAACAAAAAUCAAUCAACCUUUAAGCCAAGAAGAAGUUCAUCUGCAAUAUGAGUACGAUGAAAGCGAGCACAUUUACGAGACCAUUCCAGAAGAUUCUGAAAGUGAACCAGUGUAUUGUUCACCGUACCAACGUUUAAACAAGACGUCAAUAGGUUGUUGUGCAUCUCCAAUAGCAUCGAAACCUGCCGAAUCAUUAGAAACAACAAUGCAACAACAAACUCAAAGAGUCGCCCAGUGGUUGGGCUUGAAGCCAAAAGCCACAUACCAGAAACCUAGACAAACUCUAGUUGGUCGACCCCCGCCGUUGAAAUUAGUACAGCAACCUGCGUGUAGUCGUGUUUUUACCUUGCGAAGCACCUUAACCAACACAAGCGCAUCCAGCAGUAGUGGAGUGGCAUACAGCUCUUAUGGACAAAAUAAUGUUGUUACAGGGAACGCCGCGGCUCCUGGCGAAGAGGUCGAUAACUCCUCAAGUGCCUACAACACUGGUGGCUCUAAUAAUAGCGCCUCCCCCCAUCAAAAUACUACAAAUCCUGAUGAAGGCAUCGCCACUGGUCGCAAGCUAGAUAGUACAGUUAUUGAUAGCCCCAAUGAUCAUUUGGAUUCCCCAGGUGUAAGCAGUAUGUUGCUAUUACCAUUUGGCAAGUCUGGCCGUAUUGGUCUCUGCUCUUCCAAUCUGCCAACAGCAUAUGUCAGCGAGCGGUAUACCAACGUUGGGUCCGAAAAUGAAAUCUAUCCACUUAAAAGCGACAUUGAAAUACUAAGAGUUAAACAAACUGAUGAUUCCUAUAGCCAUUGUCCACAGUUUAACGCCCCAAAUUUGAGUAGUUACCACUUUGUUAGUAGUCAAGAGGUUGCAAACAGAUGUCAUAUUUCAACAAGUAUACAAAAAAAUGAAACUUUGCUUAACGGUGAAAGUGCUGAGGACAUACCCAUGGUAUGGAAGGUUAAAAGACGACCAGAUGGAACGCGGUACAUAGUAAAACGGCCAGUUCGUAAUCGACCCCAAGUUGCAUUUCGGAAAAAUAUGCGCUGCAACGAAGUUACCACGACGGAGGAGGAUACAAUAUCUGAAGUAAAAAUAGGUCGUUAUUGGACAAAAGAAGAACGUAAGCGGCAUAUCGAACGAGCUCGAGAGAAGAGACAUCAUCAGACGCAACCUCAGCAACAAUAGCCCCAGUAACAUUUUCCUGUCGGAACAUUUAAAAAUUACAUAGCUUUAACAACAGUCUUAAAAACACAAAUUAGAUUCACUGUCGAAAAAUUGUAUUUGAUUUAAUUGUUUGGACGUCACCAAAAUUUAAAGAGAUUAUCGAAGUGCAUAAGCAAGAUUUGUCACAAUUCCAUUUUAAAAUUUUAAAAUCUAACUAUGUAGGCUUGGUAUUUUGUGAUGUGACCAAAUUGAAAUAAAACGUUUUGGGGGUCGUUAUAAAAUUCAAAAACUAAUUUGUAUCGGGUUUUUGUUGUAAAUUGUUCCUAUACUAGUUAUUUGUUUAAAUAAACCCUACAAUGCUUAUAGUCCUCGUUGAUGCCGCCACAAUUAUUUACGGCAUAUUACACAUGUAAUUAAUGAAAUACCUUCAGUUAGCUAUAACAUAAUGCAAGUAAUUCUUAAGAUAUUGUUUAUCUAAAAUAAAGAAAUCGUGACAAAAAAGUUGCUUUCGAAUUAUCUUAUCUAUCGUGGAACUCCACUAUAGCGAUCUCUUGUUUUGAUUUCAAAUGCCAAAAAUUGUAGUCCCUAAAAGUAUCAAAAUUGCCGCUUCUGAACUAAAUUUAUUUCCCAGGUCAAUUACCUAUUUUUAACAUUUUAGUGCCUUAUCCACAAUAGUCUUGAGUAUUUGGAAUUGAAACUCAAUUUAAUACCCGUAGAGUAAAAGAGUAUACUAGAUGUAACUGGUAGAAGGAAGCGUUUCCGACCCCAUAGAGUAUAUAUGUAUAUUCUUUUGAACUAUCGAAUCUAAAAUGUCUCGGAACAAAUACGUAGGGCAAGUUUUUUACACGCCCACUCUAACGCCCACAAACCGCUAAGUUUUUUAUCGAUCAGCUAGAAACUUUCGCAGACUAUUGUCCUCAAACCGCCCAAAACAUUGUAAAAAGUUUUGAUUUUUUGUUUGUGUUAUUAUUGGCCUUGACAAUUUUUAUUCGUAUACCAAGAAAUUGCCCAAAACUGCCACGCCCGAGCUUUUGAAACCUAUUUAUUUGGUUUUAUUGUGUUUCCCAAUUUGUAUCGAUAUGCCAGCAAAAUGUUAAAAUUUCUUGUUCUCACUUCCCCUACGUGAGUUACGGGUAUUUGAUAGUCUGGGAACUUGACUAUAGGAUUCUGACUAACUUCUAAAGAGUCCAUGAUUCGCAAAACAGGUUUUCAUUCAACGCGCAUUCUAUUGACCUAUUUUGUUGACUUCAGAGGCAUUAUUUGUUGAUUUUUGGCGUAUGAUUUGUUUUAAAGUGAAAAAAUAUGUGUUUACUAUUUCCCAUUAUCUAAAUCAUUGUUUUUAAAAAAGGGUGUUAUUUCUUUUUAUAUUACCUGAAAAACUUCUGUUUUAAAUAUAGGAGGUUCCUUAAUACAUAUUGUUUGAUACCUAGAGAACCAAGCCUAAUGUUGCACUGCAACUGCAAUAUCAAUUCUGCAAACUCUAAAACUAAAAAUUUAGAUAUGAAAGUCUGCACAUAUAAGAACAAUAAAUUUUAAGUACAAAAAGUAAGCUAUUGCAUUUAUCAGAGCUCUAAGUGGUUCAGUGUCAAUGGUCUAUAAUUAAAUAUUCCAGUAUACCGGCUCUCAUCUCUGAGACAUCGAUAGUUGUUAUAUUUUUGAUUGUAUUCUUUAUCGUGCGUUGAAUGCCGAAAAUCCAGCAAGGGCUGAACUACGAAUAUAUUGUUACCAACAUUCGACUUGGGUCUGACCAAAUGUGGCUAAACGAGGAAGUCUUUUAGCUUAAAGCUGGAUAAAACCUUGACAUGACCGCACACAUAACCAAGGAAUUAAGUGGAUUCAUAGAGUUGCACAAAUAAUUAAGUCUCGAUUUUACUGUUCCCCAUGUGCAAUUUUUAAUCAGCCUAUAACAUAAGCCAUCAAAACAACUAUUUAUAAACAACAAACAUGAUGAAAAAUAUAUUGUAUCUAUAAAGUAUACUUUAUGAUACUAACUCUCUGAAAUAUUUAAAUCGACUGAUAAAUUAGCAAUAAUAUUAAGAUCGGAUUAUUAUAUAUAUAUAUAUAUAAUACAAUAGAUCAAGUAAAAAAAUCCAAAAGUUAUAUAUACUUAAAUCUACGAUAUAUGACCCACAUGUGACAACUACCUUUAAAAACUUACGAUUAAUGUGAAUAAAAAGACUUAUAUAUUAUAGUCAAUCAUAUUUAAUAUUUAUAAUACAAUGCGAGUUGCGUAGAAUGUUAUAAAACCAAACGUAUUUCGGUUCGGUUUAAAAUUGGAUGUUUAAUAUUAGAAUUUUUGUUAUACCUUUGUUUUAAAAUUUUGUACUGUGCUUCAAGGUUAAAUGAAUCAAUCGAAAAUUUGUAAUAGCGGCUGGCUUAUAUAAAUUUAAAUGUAUAAACUUUUAACAUAAAAUCUUUAAGGUCAAAAUUUCAAACGAGUGAGACUAAAUAAUUUAUUAAUCGCACAAAAUAAACCUCUUACAUUAUUUAUGAGAUAUAACUAGAACAAUUUUAUUUCAUAAACAAAUUUUUUAAAAAUAUAUUGUGCAUUUAUAUAUACAUACUAUAUAAUUAUAUAUACGUAAUACUUAGCCCUAAAUAAUAUUCUUCAUAAGAUAGCAUAAUGUUGUUCCCAUUCAUAUGAAAAAGAAUAAGUAUUUCCAAAUAAUAUACAUAGAGCAUAUUAAUCUGUAAAAAUCCUUUACUUAAUGGUUUUUACAAAGGUAAAACGAUAUCUAUGGUGCUUAUAACAAACUUGAACCAUAAUUAUUGUUUAAUAAAAAAAACACGCAUAUAACAAUGAAAAUAAAUUCACGGAAAAUUAAAGAUGGGAAAUAUGGAUACCCAACAGUCGAUUUCAGAUUAAAUUACGGACUUAGGCAAUUUUUAUUUCUGAAAAAAUCGAAAAUCAAUAUCAUCCAAAUUGCAAUUUAUAGUAAAUAUUUUAAAAUGUUUUUACCUGAAAGUGUUCCGUACAUAUUUUGUUACAAAUUAAUGUUUAUGUUAUUUUAUUAUUUUAGAAUAGCGCAAAAAAUUGUGCAACAAUAAAAUGAUAAUUCCAAUAAAGACGUAAAGAAUGUACAUUAUAUUUAUUUUCAGCAAGUUUAACAUUUUGGUGUCGUAUUUAUUUCGGCUAACCGUUUGGUUCUGCAUUAAAUACUAUUGUGCUCAAAUAAAAGAUUAAAUAGUCUUCAAAAAAUAUAAUUUGUAGGAAUUGGUACAUACGUACAAACAAAAAGAGAAGUAAAUAUUUUUGUACACAGUUUGUAAGGACUUGCAUUUAACUUAUAAUUGGCGGCUAAUACAUUUACAACGAAUGUUUUACUAAUUCAAACGAGGUAUUACUUUAAUUGCGAAACAAAAACAAAUAAUCAAUGCAAAACAACAACAAUAAGUAUAAAUAUAUAUGUAAAGUAUAAAUACAUUCACCUAAUUUAAAAUUUAUGAUUAUAAGUAUAAUACAAAAGUAACUAAAAUAAAAGUAAGCGCCCAAUAACAUAAACAAUAUUAAAAAUAUGAAAAUAUCCGUAUUGUGUUCGACAGAAAGUAAUAUAUCUUAAAGUACAUUUCAUAUAUCGACUCAGAUCGGCAUUCCCAUUUUACUGAUUAGUAUUCAUAUUAAAAGGCCAACUUCAGAACCGAGACCCCUAAGUUUAUAUGAGAAAUAUUUAUGGAAAUAUAAGUAUAUCAAUUUAUAUAGUAAUGUAUCACUAAAUGGUUAUAUAAUAAAUUUUUCGGAAAUAAA